CCAGAGGCCCGGAGCCGCUAAAUGGUGAAGGCUCAGCGUGGCAGCAAGUUCUGGCAAAGAGCUGAUCUGUGAGCAGUUUCUCUUCCAGACGGGUCAAGUCCGGCUUCACGCAUGGACUAGGAGAAUUAAAGGAAGGUUACUUUAUCAGCGGUGCCAGCUGAGCGCAGCCCAGGUGUGCCAGGAGCUGCAGCCUCCCAGCUCUGCCACUUGUGCGCUGCUACCGCGCACUCGCAGCUCCCUAGCGACAAAAAGGGGAACGAGCACAGCGGGUGGAGCGAGGAGGGGUGCGCGAGUGGGAGGCACCUCCCUCGGGAGGCUGGGAAAUCCCGACCGUCACCAGGGGCCGUGCCACCGCCCUCGCGGGACCGAGGCUUCCAGCGUGUUCCCAACUUUGUGGCGCCCUCAGGCAGUGGCGGCGGGAAUGGAGCUGCCUCAUAGCGGCCGGACGCCGCUGGGCUCACCGCUGGACAGCUGCUCCCUGGCCUCUCUCGACUCCAGCGUCUUCUGCAGCGAGGGUGAAGGGGAGCCCUUAGCGCUUGGGGACUGCUUCACGGUCAACGUAGGCGGCAGCCGCUUCGUACUCUCGCAACAGGCGCUGUCUUGCUUCCCGCAUACGCGCCUUGGCAAGCUGGCGGUGGUGGUGGCCUCCUACCGCCGUUUGGGAGCCCUGGCUGCAGCGCCCAGCCCCCUGGAGCUCUGCGACGACGCCAACCCAGUAGACAACGAGUACUUCUUCGACCGCAGCUCGCAGGCUUUCCGCUAUGUCCUGCACUACUAUCGCACCGGCCGACUGCACGUCAUGGAGCAGCUGUGCGCGCUGUCCUUCCUUCAGGAGAUCCAGUACUGGGGCAUCGACGAGCUCAGCAUCGACUCCUGCUGCAGGGACAGAUACUUCAGAAGAAAGGAGCUGAGUGAAACUCUAGACUUUAAGAAGGACACAGAUGAUCAGGAAAGCCAACAUGAAAGUGAACAGGACUUCUCACAAGGACCUUGUCCCACUGUCCGCCAGAAGCUCUGGAAUAUCCUGGAGAAACCUGGGUCUUCUACAGCUGCCCGAAUCUUUGGGGUCAUCUCCAUCAUCUUCGUGGCGGUGUCCAUCGUCAAUAUGGCCCUGAUGUCAGCUGAAUUAAGUUGGCUGAACCUGCAGCUGCUGGAGAUCUUGGAGUAUGUGUGCAUUAGCUGGUUCACCGGGGAGUUUGUCCUGCGCUUCUUGUGUGUGCGGGACAGGUGCCGCUUCCUGAGAAAGGUGCCAAACAUCAUUGACCUCCUUGCCAUUUUGCCCUUCUACAUCACUCUCUUGGUAGAAAGCCUGAGUGGCAGCCAGACCACACAAGAGCUGGAAAAUGUGGGACGCAUCGUCCAGGUUUUGAGGCUGCUCAGGGCUCUACGAAUGCUAAAACUGGGCAGGCACUCCACAGGAUUGCGCUCACUUGGGAUGACAAUCACCCAAUGCUAUGAAGAGGUCGGCCUACUGCUCUUAUUUUUAUCUGUGGGAAUUUCUAUAUUUUCAACCAUAGAAUAUUUUGCGGAGCAAAGCAUUCCUGACACAACCUUCACAAGCGUUCCUUGUGCAUGGUGGUGGGCUACAACAUCCAUGACUACCGUGGGCUAUGGGGACAUUAGACCAGACACUACCACAGGCAAAAUUGUGGCCUUCAUGUGUAUAUUAUCAGGAAUCCUUGUCUUGGCCUUGCCUAUUGCUAUUAUUAAUGAUCGCUUCUCUGCUUGCUACUUCACCUUGAAACUCAAGGAAGCAGCUGUUAGACAGCGUGAAGCUCUGAAGAAGCUUACCAAGAAUAUAGCCACUGACUCAUAUAUCAGCGUUAACUUGAGAGAUGUCUAUGCCCGGAGUAUAAUGGAGAUGCUUCGAUUAAAAGGCAGAGAAAGAGCAAGUACAAGGAGCAGCGGGGGAGAUGAUUUCUGGUUUUAAAUUGACUUCUAAUGUAUCUAUAAAAGUUGUGUACGAUUAAUCAGAUUGAUAAAGCCUUGACAUGGAUAUCUGUAUUACUGAUGAAGAAUCUCUUCAGCACUAUACAUCUUAAUUUUUGCUGAUAUCUUACCUGGUCUCCUAGAAUAUUUCACAUAAUCCAUAGCAAUUAUACAUUUUUUUGACACAGUUGAAUCUCAAAAAGAACAACAAAAUAAAAUUGAGACAAUAUACACAUGUCUGAAUUGUCAAAAUAUUAAAUAAUAUCAUUGUGAUACAUAUAAUAAAGUUAAGUUUUACACAUCACCAAUUUUAGAAGUUAUUGCUCCUCUAAUUUUUUUUAAAUGGCAGUUAAACUACCUAGACCAGAGAAAAGAUAACUGAACAUUUAAGAACACACUGAACAUCUUUGCUAUUUAAAGACAUUCUCCAAGCAAAUUACUCCUUUCUCCAUCAGUUAAAAUAGUUGAGUAACAAUUAGCUUUGCAAGAGAAAAAUCUGACUUAGUGGUCAUAGAUGGUGUCCCUAUAUACCAUGUGGUGCAAACCGCUAGUCACAAAUGGAUCAAGCUCUGCCUCCCAUUAUUAAUCUUGCAGGUGGGAGAACUAGACUGCUAAGUACUGUAGAAGAUGAGUCUGCACAGACUUCGAGAACUGCACAUUUUCACUCUCCCAGCUGAGUGUAAUAUGCAUAUUUCUUAGUUCUUUAUAAAAAUCAGAUGGUUUUUAAAAUGUCUCAUUAUGGAUAUAUUAUGUCUUCAACAUCAUGAAUACGUAAAAGUGAAGUAGUGACAUCCUAAAUUUAUAUGUUGAAAUUAUUAAAUGGUCUUAUUUCAUAAAAUGAGAAUAUGUUGAAUGACCUCAUUGGAUGAACUUGAAGAUCUUUUAUUUGUUAACAAAAAAAAUAUUAUGGACAGCUUUCUGACUGUUGGGGUAAAUAGCAAAUGUUCAAACUUUGCAGGCAUUUUGACAGCAUUUUGACAUUCAUGAUAAUAAUAAAAUUCCUAGACAUUCUGUUACAUAAUUAAAGCCAAAAACUCUUAAGCUAAGAACCAGCUCAUGAUUCCAAAUAUUCUAGUAAAUGAGAUUUUUAAAAAUAAUAAUAAUAACAAGGAAUGGAUAACUUUAAUGCCUGCUUUCUCAGUAUAUGUAAUAAAGCCCCUACAGGGAAGAAAAUUGGUUCCUGGGUGGGGGAAGUCUUCUUUUUAUGCAUAAAGCUCAAAUAUACACAUAGUACAUAAACAUACAUACAGAAUAUCUGCAAUACUAAAAUUUCAUAGGGAGGAAAAUUAGAAAAAUGCCCAGAAACUUCAUUGCUGGUAGUGAAUGGUGAGAAAUGAAUAUAGAAAAGCAUUGCUUUAAUACAUGCCCUAAUAUGCUUCCUUAACUGAAUGUUAAGACAGCCUACUAUCCUAUGAACUACCAAGAAAGAAAGAAAGGUGCCAAAUUCCAAGAUGCCAUUGAUGGUAAAAGAAAUCCAUAUUUUUGGAUCUGUAAAAAUUUAUAAUAUAUAUCUUAAAAGCAAUGAAAUAUUACAUGCACUACCUCCUGUUUUCAGGUAUGCAUGCUUAAGCUCUGAAAAAAAAUGUCAUUGAUGGCAUGAGUUUUUAUUAUAUACUGAAGUGGUUUAAUUCAUUUGACUAUUUUGCACUUCUAAAUAUUGUAAUAUCUUUAGGAGAUAUGAGUAUGAAUAAAUAUUUUUCCUCUUACCCACAGACAUGGGUGCCAGAGCAUUGCAUAGGGCCAUUAGUCCUCGUGUACAACCCAUUCAUAGUCUAAAAGGUCAAUAGAGGUCAGAUGGAGAAGACAAACUUACUCUGGCUUCUCUAGAACCUUCCCAAUAAGAUUAUUCAGGACUAUGUCUGUAUUCAUCAUGUAUUAAGUCACUUUAUCUUCAAAAUGUCCCAGUUAUGUAAUUGCUAUUCUUAUACUCUUCUAAAUAUAUAUUUUAUAUAUUUAUUAAUUCAACAAAUAUUUAUUAAGGAUCCUCUGAGUGUUGGGCACUAGAGAGUCUUUGUUAAACAAAGUCCUGUUAUCUUGUAUAUAAUAUUUUAUUCGAGGAUAUAAGAGGAUGACAGAUGACAAAAUUGAAAUAAUAAAAAAUUUAAAUUUGCUGAGCAUAAAUCUACCUGACUCAGAAAAUGAUACUCUUAAAGUCUUAUUAUAGAUUUUAUUCUACCUACACAACUCAUGAAUAGGGAUUCAUUUUAUAGGCAGGAAAGCCAACUUUUUGUGAAUGGAGAGCCUUAUGAAAAAUAUCAGUUUAUUCUCAGAGGGAAAAAGGUGCUUUUUUUUAAAAAAAAACACAGUUGUGGUGACAGCUUAGUCAUUACUGGACAAGAAAAAAUUUGUCUUUGUAAUACAUAACAGUUGGAAAAUUUAAAAUUAUAUAUACAUAUAUAUUUUCCCCAUCACAGAGUAUCCUAAAUAUGUUCUAUAAAAAGUGGUUUGUUAGCUGUAAAAAUUUUGUCAAGACAUAGACACUUCAAAACAGUUUUAAAAUAUCAUUGCUAAGUCAAUUUUUCUGUUAUACAAAACAUCAGUGUAUUUAUUCAAUAAAUGUACAUAUAAGCAAGCGAAAUUUAAUUGAAGUAACAAAUCAAUGAAGAAACUGUGAAUUUUAUUUGUUUGUUUGUUUAUGACAGGGAUUGUACCCAGGGCCUUGCAUAUGCUAGUCAAACACUGCACCACUGAGCUACAAUCCCAGCCCUCUCAUUAUUUUUAAAACAUUGGGGAUUCUUCAAAAAUCUAAGAAUUAUUCCUAUAAAACAAUAUCUAACUUGUUUAGAAAUAUAUAAUAAGGAAAUGUCUUUCUCUAAACUAUUCAGAAAAGACUAACUAAAAAACAUUCGAAUGCACAGAGCCAAUACUGAGUACCUAAAAUAUUUAUUUUACUGAGGAAUCUCUAGCAGGAGUGACAGCAUAUUCAUGUUUUAUGGUGUUUUUUCUUCUAUGGGUAAAUACAUACAUAUAUAAGGAAUUGUUUCAGUUAUAAUUUUAAUGAAAAGUAGUAUUAAGUGUAAUGGAUAACACACAAAGAAGUUCAUUGAAGUAGAAAUCUCAGUUAUGUGUUUCCAUGUGGAAUUCUUACUCUCAGUAAAAUUUUUUGACCAGCUCCUGCACAAAAUAUCUAUGGCAACCCAAGUAAUCUAAGUAAAAGGUUACCAUUAGGUAAGCUUAUACUUUUAACAAAUAUUUCCUCUGAUACAUUUUAACAUGAAAAGCUUGAAUUUUUUGAAAAGUAGCCAUCAGUAUCCCCAGGGUCUUAUCCAUUCUUUAAUUGAGACCCAAGAAUCAUAUUUGGUUGGUUGACAAAUGUGUUCCAGUGUUUCUAUUGGUGAUUUUCCCCCUCAAAGCACCACCCUCUCCCAAACCUCUCUCCAAGCCAUACUGCUAAAUGGAAGAAAAAUGUCAUAUAAGGAGAGCUUUACUUGUAAGCCACAUAGGCUGUUGCUUACAUGGUAAAUCUUUAGGAAUAAUGGGAUAACCUGGGUAUUCAUGUCCUCACUUGCCUUAUAUUAUGAUCACUCUCCUGCUUAACUCCUCAUCUCCACUGACCUUCUCUUCCUUUCUAGUAUCCAAAUGGCAAUACCGCAACCCUAAUUAAAUCCAAAGUCUAUUUGUGCUUGUUUAAAAAAAAAUCAUGCUGACUGAUCCCACUUUGCAUUUAUGUCUACAAACCCUUUUUCAGUUCUUGGUGCUGGUAGGCAAUCAUACUGCAAUCCUUGAGUCCAUUCACUCUUAAAAUAAAUGGAAACUUCUAACAGCUUUCUUUGAUUCCUCUUUCACUCAAAAAAAAAAAAAAACUGAGUCAUAGAGGAGAUUUUCUACAAGAACCAGCACCCACAUUUAUCCACCCACCUCCAUCUGUCUCCACAGAGCCUUUUCUCCCAUUGCAAGGGCUGAACUAUCCUUCCCAUUUUUUCUCCCACUCUGAGACAUGACUUCAAAAAGUUCCCUUUCUCCCUACCACACCAAUAAUUUUUGCCUUCCCUAGUGGACAUUCUUAUCAGCAUACAAACAUUAUUUAAUUUUUCCCAUCUUAAAAAAAAAUGGGGUAAAAAGGCAAAUAAACUCCUUGAGUCUACUUCAUUCUUCAGAAAACACCCAAUUCUCUACUAUUGUUCAUGGCAAAAUGUCUUGACACCAUCUUCUAUACUCAGUCUUUCAAUUUUUACAUUUAUUCUUUCUUUUUCCUGAAAAUCCUCUCAUCAAUCUUCCACCCCUCAUCUCC